AAUAUCCUGUUUUUAAAUUAUAGAGUUAUUUAAUGGCAGACUCUGUAGUAUAUAAAGCACUGACUGUGAAAACACGUGUCUCUCUCUCGCAAAGCAUUGCUAUCAUUAAAGCAUUGAAUUUAUAAAAGGAUAGCAUAUCUUGUGGUCAUUUGCUAUCACUUUGGUCUCAAUUAGUCUUAAAGUUUAGUGGUUUAACCACUAAAUUGUUAAUUAUAUUUGAUAGUCAAUCGGUAAUCAAUAGUGGACACAAUGUCUCGCUAUAAUUUCAAGAGUAUAACAGUGGUUCCCACCACUAAAGACUUUAUCGAUAUUGUCUUAUCGAAAACGCAAAGAAAAACGCCGACUGUUGUCCACAAACACUACAAGAUAUCGCGGAUCCGAUCGUUUUAUAUGAGAAAAGUGAAGUACACUCAACAGAACUUUCACGACAAACUGGAAUCAAUUAUCCAAGAGUUUCCCAAAAUGGAGGAGAUCCAUCCCUUCUUUUCCGAUCUGAUGAAUGUCCUCUACGAUAGAGAUCAUUAUAAGCUGGCUUUGGGUCAGUUAAACACAUGCAAACACAUUGUCGAUAAUAUAGCCCGCGACUAUGUACGGCUCCUGAAGUAUGCCGACUCGUUAUACCGGUGCAAACAAUUGAAACGGGCCGCUUUGGGUCGUAUGGCCACUAUUAUGAAGCGCCAGAAGCAGAAUCUAGAGUACUUGGAACAGGUUAGACAGCAUUUGUCUCGAUUGCCGUCUAUAGACCCGAACACUCGUACGCUAUUGAUCUGCGGUUUUCCCAAUGUUGGUAAAUCUAGUUUUAUCAAUAAGAUUACCAGAGCCGAUGUCGAGGUACAGCCGUACGCUUUUACCACAAAAUCGCUGUAUGUCGGACACACCGACUAUAAGUACCUGCGCUGGCAGGUUAUUGACACUCCCGGUAUUCUUGACCACUCACUUGAAGAGAGAAAUACUAUUGAGAUGCAGUCGAUCACCGCAUUAGCUCAUCUCAGGGCUUGUAUUGUCUAUGUAAUGGAUUUGUCUGAACAAUGUGGACAUAGCAUUGAUGAACAGUUUACACUAUUCAAUAAUAUCAAGCCGUUGUUCACCAAUAAACCGAUUGUAGUUGUGGUGAAUAAGAUAGAUAUACUUAAGAUUGAUGAUCUGCCCGAUGAUAAGCAACGAUUGUUUGAUGAGUUGAAAGAAAACAAUGUUUAUGUCCACCAAAUGAGUACUGUUACCGGUGAUGGUGUCUGUGAACUGCGAAACGAGUCUUGCGAUCUAUUGCUUGCACACAGAGUCGAGUCCAAAGUGAAGUCGAAAAAGACGGACAGCCUUUUGAGUAGACUUCAUGUGGCGCUUCCCAUACCAAGAGAUGAUAAGGAACGACCUCCUUGUAUACCAGAAGCCGUACUACAUAAGCGACAGGCAAUGGAUGCGGACAAACCCAAGAAGAAACUUGAACGACAUAUUGAAGAAGAGUUGGGCGAUGACUAUAUAUUAGACCUGAAGAAGAACUAUGAUAUCGAUGGCGAUCAGAAGUUUGACACAAUUCCCGAGAUAUGGGAGGGACACAACAUCGCCGACUUUGUUGACUCUGAUAUACUCGAAAAGUUGGAUGCAUUGGAACGAGAAGAAGAGGAACGCAUUAAUGCUGGCUUUUAUGAUAUCGACGACGAAUCGGAAGACGAGGCGACAAAAGAGAUGAGAAGUUUAGCCAAAAAGAUUAGAGACCGCAAAGCCGUUAUGAAAGUUGAACAGCGAAUGAAUAAUACAAAUAAACCGCAAUUACCGAGAAAUCCACGAAAGAGAGAACGUAGUGUUAGCGGACUUCGCAGUCAAAUGCGUGGACUGGGCGUCACUAUGGACAGCGAUGAAGAGGAUCUACACUUUGACGAAGCUGUCGAAGAUGACCGUCCAUCGAGACCUGUUAAGCGUAUGCGCGAAGACAGUGAGGGCCGCGUAAGGAGCAGCUCAAGGAUACCGCGCGACGAAACUGGCGUUAAAGAUGUUAAGAUGAAGAAAAAGGUACGCUUUAUGGCCAAGAAGUCUCAGAGACCGAUGAAUAGAAACGCCCGCAAAGGAGAGGCCGACCGCAAGAUAUUGAAUGUCAAACCCAAGCACUUGUUCGCCGGUAAACGAAAACUUGGAAAAACUCAGAGACGAUAAACAAUUAAAAAAUAAUUGUUUUAUUAUUGUAUACAUAUUAUUGAAUUUAUUGUAAAAAUUAUUGAUUAUAUAUUUUAAUUUAUAAAUGAUUUUAGUAAUUAAAAAAAUUGUUGUAAAUAAU